CUGUUAGUCUAUAAGGUGCCACAGGAUUCUUUGCUGCUUCUACAGAACCAGACUAACACGGCUACCCCUCUGAUACUUGAAGCCUGAGGGGCUGUGAACCUGGAAAGUUUCCUCUUUCUGCAGAAAUACUUAGAAGGUUCCUCUGGCCGGAUAAGUUUGCUUGGAGUUCAAGGGCACUAAGCUGGCCAGUCUGGCUCCAGAAUGAGCCUGCCACUGUACUAGAGGAAGCAGACAGGCAAUAUCACCUCUUGUCAUGGAUGCAGACGACACAUGAUUGGAGUUGCAGCUGGAACACGCUUUGAGAAUUCUGGGCAGGGCCUUAGUUCCCCUGACAGAUCAGCAGCCUGGAACUAGACCUGGGAUACCUCUGCUCACAGAGACUUUCUGCUUGUGCGGCGUUCAGCUCAUGCUGGAAUCUGCCUCCGAGUAGACCAGCCGCCAGCAUUCUGCUGAGAUUCCAAAAGGAGCUGAGCCGGGCGACUGGGCACAGAGUGUUUUCCACUUAGGGAAAGGGAAGCUUCUUUCUCGCUGUGUCUCUGAUAUGAGCAGCACCAUUUCCUUCCUGGACUUCCGCCCCCGUCGCUGUGACUGGAACUAAAAACUAAAGGAAACCUGCCAGGGAGGGGGACCGCCUCCUCGGCCAGCUCAGUCUCUCUCCAGUCGGGCAUGUCUGGGCUUUCCUGACACUGGGCAGAGUCAGGACUCACCUUCAGGGCCAUGAGAUUCCAGGAGGUGUAUCUCCUUUUCCUCCUGCUGCGCCUGACAGCUGCCAUUCUGGACAUUACUCUGGUCGCCAAUGUGCAAAGUCCGUCUCACACCAGUUUCUACCUCUCCUGUGUGAUGGGCGAGCGAGCUGUGAGCUACCUCCAGAUCGAGAGGGACAAUAAAAUAGUGAUGACUCAUCCCAACACAAAGUUCCAGAACUACAGGAAUCGCAGCAAUGAGGUCCAAGCCAGAGGCUUUUCGGUGGCGGAUCUGGUGGGGAUUUUAUACUGCCUGGGGAAGACCCAGAUGGAGCAGGCCAGGGUGGUCUACGUGCAUAACAGCCGGAAUGCCCACCUGGUCCCACUGAAAGUCACCCAGACUGUGAGCAUUGCGGACUCAGCCACCUUCUCUGCCAAAGUCCUUCACAAGAAGAACACAGAUGUCUUGUGGAAAAGAAAUGGUACCUUCUACCAGACAACGCACCGGGGUGAAGUGAAUGGGACGCUGUUCACCUUAACCCUUCCGGAUGUGGGUCUGAGUGAGAAUGGGGUGUACAGUGCCACAUUCAUAGGGGACAGUCCCCUGACAAGUGCCUUCUACAGACUGAUUGUGAGAGGGUGUCCAGCGAAGAAGUGGGGCCACUCUUGUGAGAAGGACUGUCCUGACUGCCUGAAUGGAGGCAUCUGCCAUGACAGUGUUGGGGAGUGCAUCUGCCCGCCGGGUUUCAUGGGCACUCGCUGUGAAAAAGCCUGUAGGGAAGGGAGGUUUGGCCGUAACUGCCAGGAAAAGUGCAACAAUGACCAGGGCUGCAAGGGGCUGAGCUUCUGCCUGCCAGAUCCAUACGGCUGUUCCUGCGCUUCUGGAUGGAGUGGCUCACAGUGCAGCACAGCCUGCCCUCUUGGACACUACGGCGCAGACUGUGCCCUGGAGUGUCACUGCCAAAAUGGAGGCACCUGCAACCGCUUCAGUGGCUGCGUUUGCCCAUCAGGAUCACACGGGGAUCGCUGUGAGAAAUCAGAUCGGAUUCCCCAGAUCAUCAACCUGGAUGCAGAGCUGGAGUUUAACCUGGGUUCCCAGCCUGUGAUCAGCUGUAUGGCCACGGGCAACCCGCCCCCAGUGCGAGACAGCAUCGAGCUGCGCAAGGCUGACGGGACAGUGCUCACGUCAAUUAAAGCCAUCAUGGAAACAGACAAAACCACCUCUGAGUUCCUGGUGCCAAUGCUCACCAAGGCAGACACAGGCCUCUGGGAGUGCAGAGUUUCUACCAGCGGGGGACAGGACAGCAAGAGAGUCAAGGUCAAUGUCAAAGUCCCUCCAGUGCCACUGAGGCCCCCCCGGCUGCUGGCCAAGCAGAGUCGGCAGCUUGUGGUUUCCCCAGUGGAUGGAUUCUCUGGUGACGGCCCAGUCACCUCCAUCAAACUGCUCUACAAGCCCAAGGACAACACCUCACCUUGGUCAUCCAUUGUGGUUGACAACAGUGAAAACAUCACACUCAUGAACCUACGGCCAGUCACGGCCUACCUGGUCAAGGUGCAGCUGACUCGCCCUGGUGACAAAGGGGAAGGUGCCAUGGGGCCGCAGGCGGUCAUGGUGACAGAGUGUCAAGAACCCACAGCUAAGCCUGUGAUCGAAGGCUGGUCCGUAGAGGGGAAGAACACGCUUCAUGUUAAUUGGAACUUGCCAAAUAACUACGAGCCAGCAAAUGGGUUCGUUGUACGUCUCUUGGACUCAGCAAAAGUGCUUGUCCGUGAGAUUAAUAUCACCUCCAUGUUUGUGCACUCUGCCCGCAUCCCUAACCUGGAGUUCAACAAGGAGUAUGGCUUGGAAGUGUUGGUCUAUCACUGCAGCAGCCUGGGCCCUCCAUCUGACCUCUACAAGGUCAUGAUCAACAGCAAAGGCCCAUCCUCCCCCAGGUCUCUCCACGCAGAGCCCCUCAUGGAUACUAGCGUCAAACUCACCUGGCAGGCCCCUGAAUAUCCCAACGGGGGUGUCAGUAAGUACACUGUGGAGCUGCAGCAGCUGGGUGGGGCCAGUGAGCCUCAGUGGGUUGACACGGACAGCGGUGGGGAGACCACGAAGACCAUCUCGGGCCUCAACGCCAGCACAUGGUACCAGUUCCGGGUCCGAGCGAAUUCCCAUGUGCCUGGGGAGUGGAGUGAGCCUGUGAAGGCGGAGACCCUGGGGGACGGUGCCUUGAGCGAGGUGCCCAGACUGAAAAGCCAGGACAUGCAGCCCUCGGGAAUAGACCAGCAGCUGCUCCUGGCCAUCAUCGGCUCCGUGUCUGUCACCUGCCUCACCAUCCUUUUUGCCCUCUUGGCACUUUUCCUUAUCAAGAAGAAUUUUUUUCACCGGCGCCGGACCUUCACCUACCAGUCUGGCUCAGGGGAAGAGACCAUCCUGCAGUUCAACUCAGGGACCCUGACCCUGACCCGCCGGCCAAAGCCCCAGCCUGAGCCCCUCAGCUACCCUAUCCUGGAGUGGGAGGACAUCAAAUUUGAGGAUAUGAUUGGAGAGGGGAACUUCGGGCAGGUCAUCAGGGCAAUGAUCAAAAAGGACGGCCUGAAAAUGAAUGCAGCCAUCAAGAUGCUGAAAGAGUUCGCCUCAGAGAAUGACCACCGGGACUUUGCGGGGGAACUGGAGGUGCUGUGCAAACUGGGGCAUCACCCCAAUAUCAUCAACCUGCUGGGAGCCUGUGAGAACAAAGGCUACCUGUACAUUGCUAUUGAGUACGCUCCCUAUGGGAACCUGCUCGAUUUCCUCCGGAAAAGCCGAGUCCUAGAGACUGACCCAGCCUUCGCGAAGGAGCAUGGGACAGCAUCUACCCUCACGUCCCAGCAGCUCCUCCAGUUUGCUUCCGACGUGGCCAAGGGAAUGCAGUAUCUAAGCGAGAAGCAGUUCAUUCACAGGGACCUGGCAGCCAGGAACAUUCUGGUGGGGGAGAACCUGGCUUCCAAGAUCGCUGACUUUGGCCUCUCCCGAGGGGAGGAGGUCUACGUGAAGAAAACCAUGGGCCGCCUGCCAGUUCGCUGGAUGGCCAUCGAGUCCCUGAACUACAGCGUGUAUACCACCAAGAGCGAUGUGUGGUCCUUUGGGGUGCUGUUGUGGGAGAUUGUCAGCCUGGGAGGAACUCCUUACUGCGGGAUGACGUGUGCCGAGCUCUACGAGAAACUGCCGCAGGGAUAUCGUAUGGAGAAGCCCCGCAACUGUGAUGACGAGGUGUAUGAGCUGAUGAAGCAGUGCUGGCGAGACCGCCCCUACGAGCGCCCGCCCUUCGCCCAGAUCUCCAUGCAACUUAUCCGGAUGCUGGAGGCCAGGAAGGCCUAUGUGAACAUGGCCUUAUUCGAGAACUUCACAUACGCCGGCAUCGAUGCCACAGCGGAGGAGGCCUGAGGGCGAGUGGAGCGCCACGCUGGGAGCCCUGUAAAUAACGCACCCCGACUUGCCGCACUUGGACGCCAGCUGUUCUAGGCCAGGCGAGGGACAUGGCCUCUGCCCUGUGUGGGGCAUGCUGUAAAUGGCCUGCUCCAGCGUGGAGACGAGGAACUGCCCUUUGUCCUGGAGCAGGAACUUGCCUGGGGGCAGUUUCUGGCUAACAUGAUACCCCCAUAUUCUUCAGCCAGGUUCCUGGCGGACCGGCAGCUUCUGCCCCCGUCCGCUCAGGCCGGACUGCCCUGCGCUUGCUGCCCUCUCUGCCGGUCUCUGCAGUGCAGCGUUACACCAGUGGCAGGGCCAGACAAUGGGCCAGGCUCUCCCUGUCUCGUGCCCCUCCCCACUCUCCCAAUCCUUGCUGCAGCUAGGUGCUGUGCGUGGCCGAGAUCACAGGCAGGGAGGCCUGUCUCCCCUUGAGCCCGUGGACACGGGGCCUUCUCUGAAGCUGGAGGAUGUGACAUCAGCCCCUUGCUGCCCUAAGAGAGGCACAAAGACUUGCCCUGGGUAAAGGACAGACUUGGAAACAGCCCCAAAUGUAGAGCCCUUGUCCCCCACCUCCAGCCUUGGUGUUCCAUGUGUGGCUGCUCGGCUUCUCUGCUGGCCGUGGGCUCUUGGAACUGACUGGACCUGGCCUGGCACCAUGCUGCCAGCGUACUGGCACACAGAGCUGUGCAAACAUUGCUCCCGGAUGCUGGAGACCCUCUGGGACAGGGCUGAUUAGGGGAGUCCGAGAGGAAGGAUUCCAGCGCUUGCCUUUGGAACACCAUGGAGGAGUAAAAUAUUCCAGGCUUGGCCCCAGGCUCCUCUCUGACCUGCCAGAGACCAGUGGCUGACACGACUUGUGCUUUAUGGUUAAUAAAGGAAGUCUAAGGGACUGGCUGGCUCAGGGGUUUGGGGAAGGGGCCGGGGCCUUUCCUCUUUCUCUCUUUCAUAGAAACACAGAUUGUAAGUCUAGAAAGGUAACACGGCUACCCCUCUGAUACUUAGAUCGUUUAGUUUGACUUCCGCUAGGGGGCACUGGCUCCAAGCCAGCUCGAGUGGGGGAACUGGCUGGCUCAGGGAGCAGGGAAUGGGAUACUGGGUCUUGCACCACUGGUGCCUGUGUGUUCCCUGACCUGCCAUGAGGACGUCAGUGUCCUGGGCUAUCUCAGGAGCACGGAAUUUGCCAGCUUCAAGCAUGGGCCCAUCGCUCCCAGAAUGCUGGCUAGGGUAUGGCUUAUGCCCGGUUCUUCAGGGGCAAGCAAACUAAUUAAAGAAACCCUCCUUGCACUGGGAUAUUGGGCCAUGCUGAAUAGCAAUGGAAUUUCCUCCUGAACUCUAAGGAGACAACUGGUGCUCUGGUACAUGAGAAUGGAUUCUCCUGAGGUCAGCUUUCUGGUGAGUGCCCACAUUGUUGCUGAUUGUCUAGUUUUCUUGCCCACAUCCAGUCCAGUUGUGGUAUUUUCCUCCUGCAUGGCUGGCAGUGCAAAAGCCAAUUACAAUGUAUGAUUUGAAAAAACUCAUUCUGCA